AUGAAGUCCAAAGAACACACCAGACAGGUCAGGGAUAAAGUUAUUGAGAAAUUUAAAGCAGGCUUAGGCUACAAAAAGAUUUCCCAAGCCUUGAACAUCCCACGGAGCACUGUUCAAGCCAUCAUUCAGAAAUGGAAGGAGUAUGGCACAACUGUAAACCUACCAAGACAAGGCCGUCCACCUAAACUCACAGGCCGAACAAGGAGAGCGCUGAUCAGAAAUGCAGCCAAGAGGCCCAUGGUGACUCUGGACGAGCUGCAGAGAUCUACAGCUCAGGUGGGGGAAUCUGUCCAUAGGACAACUAUUAGUCGUGCACUGCACAAAGUUGGCCUUUAUGGAAGAGUGGCAAGAAGAAAGCCAUUGUUAACAGAAAACCAUAAGAAGUCCCGUUUGCAGUUUGCCACAAGCCAUCUUGAUGUUGCCAUGACAAAGGAUCCAAAUAAGCCGAGAGGAAAAACCUCCUCCUACGCCUUCUUUGUGGCGACCUGCCGCGAGGAGCACAAGAAGAAGCACCCAGGAACCAGCGUGAACUUUGCAGAGUUUUCCAAGAAGUGCUCAGAAAGAUGGAAGACCAUGUCCCCCAAGGAGAAGGGAAAGUUUGAAGAGAUGGCCAAGAAUGAUAAGGUCCGGUAUGACCGGGAGAUGAAGACCUACGUGCCACCUAAAGGUGCCAAGAAGGGAAAGAAGAAGAAGGACCCCAACGCCCCCAAAAGGCCCCCCUCCGCUUUCUUUGUCUUCUGCUCCGACCACCGUCCCAAGAUCAAGGAGGAUAACCCUGGCAUCUCCAUUGGUGACAUCGCCAAGAAGCUUGGCGAGAUGUGGGCCACGCAGAGCGCCAAAGACAAGGCCCCCUACGAGGCCAAAGCCGCCAGACUGAAGGAGAAAUAUGAGAAGGAUGUUGCCGCCUACAGAGCCAAGGGCGGCUCUGGGAAGAGUGACGCCGGAAAGAAGAGCGGGCCCGGCAGGCCCGCCGCCAAGAAGGCAGAACCGGCUGACGAUGAUGACGACGACGAUGAAGACGAGGAGGAAGAGGAUGAAGAUGACGACGAUGAGGAUGACGACUAAGUGGUUUCUGUGUUUGAGGAUGUGAAGUUUGCGAUGCGUUGUUCAGCUUAUGUUUGUUUUUUGGGUUGGACUCGUCCAACGGUAUAGCCUGCUGUCCCUGUCGGUCGGCCUCGGUCGACCUGUACUCCUCUUCUUCUAAUUCAGGGAUUUAGUUUUUAUUGUCACUUAGUCCCCUUUAAGGUUUAUUUUUGUUUUACAACUGCUGAAGUCGGGUCUGUUACACCUUAGAUCCUGGUUUAAAAAAAACGGGCAGCCAGAUUAUUUCCUGUGAUGAUGCGAUGAACUGAAACUCCUGUGCAGACGGUGGACAGCAGCCAGUCAGGAAAGAUGUUUUGUUUUCUUUGUUUUUCUUUUCUUCUUUUUUUUUUUUUAAGAAUGAUUGUUUCUGGAAGCACUGCUCAUGUUUUCUGUUCCAGCGGUGCCCUUUCUUCACUGUCAUUUUACUACCAGGAUUUAUCUGUAGUUUGGUUAAAAGAAAAAUGUUUGCCGUCAUUUUUAAUGUGGAACUUUGAAAACUUGUAGAACGGAUUUUUCUUUUUGUAAUAAAAUUUUGUAUAUUGCCUAUAA